CAGUCUCUUCCUCAUCUGCAAAUCUUCACGUGCUUUCUGUACUCUCUAAUUUGUUCUCUUCUCAUCUUUGUCUGCAAACCUUAUCCGAUUUCUGCUUUCUGGGUCGUUAAAGAGAUAACUAUCAACCAUCAGAGGAAAGAGUAGUUAAAGUCGUUCGUUGCCUGACAGAGAAAGCUAGCAGUAGCAGUAACGACCUAACUAGCUAUGGAUCAGAACAAGAAGCAAGUCGGUACGACAAGCCAUAGCCAUGGCUCUUCUUCUUCCUCUUCAUCCACGAACCUUGACCAUCUCUUUGGUCCUAAGGACUCGUCGUCUUCAGCUUCUUCAUCUCUAUUCGGCUCUAUUUUCCCACCACCACCAUCCACGGGACCGGGGAGAGAAAGAAACUCUGGUAAUACUACUCGAGGCAGCAGCAAGGGUUCCGUGCAUCAGAAUAAUGAAGUUGUGGAUCGUCCUUGCAACUUUAACUCAUCAAUCUACUAUGGCGGCCAAGAAAACUAUAAUGUUCCGAAAAGUGGGAGUACUUACGAGUCCCAGCACCACCAGCAUAACUCUAAGAAAGACGGGGUGGAUGAUGAUUCGAAUGGAAAUAAUUCAAACAGUACUUCAAGAGGAAACUGGUGGAAGGGGUCACUUUAUUACUAAAUCAGUAAAUCUUGCUGCACGUACUAUGCGAAUUCACCACCCUUUGAAAGAGGUGUGUGUCACUCUAUGAGUCUGCUGUGAGACUAUGCAAUUUACCUUAAUUAAGAGUAUGGAAAUAAGAUGGUACGGUGCGUUAUAGUAUGUACAUGGUAGCAAGAGCGAUCUAUCUAGCUAGCAGAAGAACCUCGACUUCUCUUAACUAGCUUUGUUGGGUUUUUUUUAUCCCCAGUUAGUGAUUAUGUUUGGGCAAGUUGCAUGUGAUCGUAUAAUUAUUACUGCAUUAUGUGUGUCUAACCUCCUUAAUCUUCCAUGUACUCCUCCAUUUUAUAUAUAAAUAACUUUCUAUG